AUGCUAUCGAUCCGCGACAUCGCCACAAGCGCCGACGACUCGGAUGCCCUCCAAACCAGCCUCCAAGAGCUGCAACGGCGUCGGCAGGCCAAGCAGCAGCAGCGGCGACUGCAGCGCGACCGCGACGCCGACCUCGCCGAGGCGGACGAACCAUUUGGCCCAACCCAGGAGCUCGCGUACAGCCGUGAGGUGCUGCAUGCGUGGACACGGUGGUACCCCAAGCUGCGCAGCGCCGUCGCCGCCUUGGCCGCCGCGUCGAGCCACAGUACACCUCCACCACUGCAGGACACAAGCGCCACCGCAGCAGCGUCGUCAGAUACAUGCAGCUCCUUUCUUAAUGAUGAUCUUCAUGCAUUGCGUUCGCCCUUCUCCGUCGCCGACACGAUCCGGCGAGCGUACCCGCCGCUGUGGGCCAUACCAGCCGGUACGAUUCCUGCCGCCUACUACGCCGACACCGCCUUCAUGGCGGACACCUCUCCGUCUGCCUCGGCCGCCGCCUCCACCGCAGUCUUCCACCAUGGCACGACGAACGGCAACGCUGCGGACGUGACGGACUGCCAGCACCAUCACGCACACGCAGGACGGGCAGGGGGAUCACCGUCAUCGAACGCGAUGACGGACUUCAGUCGCCGACGCUGUCCGGUGCACAUCCUACGUGAAGCGCUUCAACUGCCCUCGGCCUUGUCGGUGUCCACCGCAACAGCAGCAACCCAGUCAGCCGUGGUUACCCCUUCCCUUUCUCCUCCUGCUCCUGCUCCGGCGACGACGCCAACGACGACGCCGCUGCCGGUGUGGGCGUCGUCGUCCACCUCCAGUGUCUCUUCAGCUCCAUUGACUGCUGCAGGCGCAGCGCCGUUGCCGUCUCAACAGCUGCUAAGGCCACUGCAGCGCAUCUUAGCGCGUUGGCCGCCGGGGAAGUCCGCCUCUCCGAAGGUGAGCGCGGUACUCCGCUCGAUCAACAUUGAAGCGCGCAAGCGUGAGCAGUGGAACGCGCACGUGCAGAAGCUGCAGCAGCAGAGCAGCAGCAGCAGCGGCAGCAACUGCAACCAGGACACCAUCAGCACUCGACACGGCAAACCUGCUGGUGAUCAGGCCGCGCAGACUUCGCUCGCCUCCUCCGCGCUCGCCAACACGUCCGUGUCAAACAGCAUGCACAGCAACAUCCUUGGCGAUGCGCCGCUGGUGGCGCUGUCAGAGGACGCCAAUGGGCGCGCGCUGUAUUGGCCAGCACACAUCACAAACACUCGAGCCGUCUUUACCGGCGCCGCGUGCUUGCGUGAUGAUUUCCAGGGGUUGGGGCUUUUGCAGCAGUACGAGCGCUUCGACGUGGUGUUGGCGUUAGCGCUGACAAGUCCGAUGCAGCUCGUUGUGGACGUCGUCUACGCCAUUGACGAAACCAGCGAAGGCUUUGGCUUGUCGAUAGCCCCCGUUGUCAAGUGGAACGAAGGUGGCGGCGACGGCGCAGGCCACGACGGCGAGUCUGCCGGCUCCUCGGCGCACCGUCCUCCCCCUCCGCAAGCGGCGCCGCGGUGGCCGAGCGGGGAAUCAGCAGAAGCAGCUGCAGCAGACAACGAUACCAAAUGUCCUUUACUGCUGCCCUCCACCCUUCCGUCCGUCUUAUCCGACUUGAACUACGCCUUCCAGCCCGCUACGUCUCUGCCACGCAGCACCACCACCACUAUCGCCACGGCGGUCGACGAGCCCGUCACCGCCGUCUUACGUCGCAACACCCUCUCCUCAGCCCCGCUGUCCGCCUACGACAUUCUCGCCGGUCCGGUCAGCCAGAGUCACUCCAUCGUGCUGCUGCGGCCGACGCCGGAGGUGGUGUGCGCGUCGCGUGCGCGUGCCCUGCAGGAGCUGGAGCUGCGAUGGAAGCUUCUGCGGCAGGCGCUGCUCGAUCGGCUUGUCGCCUACGAAGAGGAGCCUGCGUUCCCGGUUAGGUCGAGCGCAGAAGACGAAGGAGGCGAAACGGCCGGGCCGCCCGCCGUGCAACUCCCCAAUGCGGACGACUACGAAAGCCCUUUCAUUGACCGGUGCGCCGUUCAGGACGGGGACCUCCCCGAGGAGCCGGCCGGCGCGGCGAUGCUGACCGAAGACGAAAUGCGUCAACAGACCCGCCUGCCAGAACUGCAGGGCCGGCGCAAGCGGAAGCGGAAGCCGUUGCCUACGCAGUCGACGCACAGGCAUCAAGAGGAGGACGGUGGGCACCCCUCUGUGUCAUGGAGCCCUACCUCUCCCCAACUCUCCGCUGCGGCAGCAUCUACCGCAGCGGUCUCGACCAGCACCUACUCCCCGCAGCCCGACACACCAGCCUUGAUCACCUUCGCGCCACAGGUUUCUUCUGCGCCACCUCCGCAUCUCUUCAGCGAGGAAAAACUCAAAAGCGGCAGCGGUGGUGUUCAGGGCUACGCGUCGUCGAGCCGUGCGCGACACCGCCAGGACGUGUCGGCCCCGACGAAGCAGCCACGCACCCCUUCUGAUCCUCAGCCGGCGCAGAUGAUAAACUUGUCGAACCCCACGAGCACCGGCGUCAGCACCUCCUACCUCUCCGUUGUCGAAGGAAGUCACGUUCUAUCGGCAGCGGUGCGCGCGGCGGUGGCCCGCCAGACGGAGCUGGAGGACGCGAUUCGCCGGCAUCAAAAACCGGUGGCGGCUCCGCGGGGCGCGCUGCCUCGGCUGAGCGUAGCGGCGCCCUCCCCUGUCGUCGUCGUCGUCUCCUCGCAGAGAGGCACCGCCACCGCAGCUGCAGCAGCAAAACCCCGCCCGCCAGCAGCGACUGACCCCCGUGGACAUCACCCACAACGCCAGCACGAUUGCCCCGUCGCCGUCGCCCACGUUCGUUUCCACCCCGCCGUCUUCUGCUCCGUCCGCCGCCCUGCAGACGACGACGACGACGGACCUGGCGCCGUUGGCGUGGGACACGGUGGCAUCACCCGCGACAACGCACGGAAACGCUUCAGCGAAGCGGCGCCGCCACCACGACGACGACCAGCACCGCCGCCACAAGAAUCAUAG